AUGCCUGCUCUCUUUGUCUCCAAUGGUGGAGAGUGGAACACGAGUUCUUAUAACAAAAGGAUGGAAGGCAUGCACGACUACUGUAAACUGAAGCACAACUCUCAAUCCAGGGAAACAUUAGUCGAAUUUUCUUCCACAAUAGAAAUAGGCAGCAUUAUUCUACCAAAGCCACCGGAAAAUGUUUCAUGUCCAGCGGACCACAUACUCGUCGUCAACUGCAGCGCCUUCAGCCUCACGCCGUCCUUCGCCGACAUGGUCGUUAAUAAGUACAAGCUGCGAGGCCACAUCCGCGGCGUGCACCUGUCCGAGAUGGGGUGCAGUGGCAGGCUGAUAUCGGUGGAGCUUGCGAGGAACCUCCUGCGGUCGGCGCCUCCAGGCGCACGAGCGUUGGUCGUGUCCACGGAGACCCUGUCGCCCCUCCUCUACAUCGGGAACGAGCGGCCCAUGCCGCUGCCAUAUCGCUUGUUCAGCAUGGGCGGUGCGGCGGCGCUGCUGUCCACGUCCACUGCCGAUGCCCGAUUCCCGCUCACGUCCGCCGUGCGUACGACCACCGCGGAGGAUGACAAGUCAUACCGGUCCAUAUAUCAGGAGGAGGACGGCAAGGGGAACAAGGGCGCCGGCCUCUCCAUGGACCUGAUUGUCGUCGCCGGCCGCGCCCUGAAAGCCAACAUCACCUCCAUCGUACCAAUCGUCCUUCCAAUCUCUGAGCAGCUUCUGUUUGCGAUGUCUUUCGUGGCACAAAAAAAUUCCAGCGGGUGUGUCAAGUUGUACGUCCCCAACUUCCUGACGGCCUUUGAGCAUUUCUGCAUACACGCCGGUGGGUCUGCGGUUGUCGACCAGGUCCAGCGCAGCCUCGGCCUGUCAGACAAGCACGUCGAGCCGUCGGGGAUGACGCUGCACCGCUUCGGGAACGUGUCCAGCUGCUCGGUUUGGUAUGAGCUAGCAUAUGUCGAGGCCAAGGGCCGUAUGCGUGAGGGUGAUCGCGUAUGGAUGAUCGGGUUUGGCUCUGGCUUCAAAUGCAACAGCGCGGUGUGGGAGUGCAUCGUCCCGGACACCAAUAGCGAUGGACCAUGGGCUGGGUGCAUCCACCGAUAUCCAGUGCAGAUUAAGUCCCCAAAAGCAAAGCCACGGCGAUGA